GUAUCGAGAAUAAUUAUAUAGUGUUAUUUCUUUUUAUAAACUUUGUUGACCUUAGAGCUUGAGUGCACACGAAACUGUUAUUUUCUCUUAGCAAUAAUUACUACUACAGUGAAACCCCUUUUACUCAAAGCACAACUGAACUCAAUUUGAGUUAUUCGAGUAGAAAUGACUGAAAAUUGAUCCGAGAUUGAAAUCAGUUCGAGUUAUCGGGGUUCCACUUUUAUGUCUGCCAGCCCGCGGUCAAGUAAUGCGUGACCGUUUUAAGAUGACCCGCGUAGCCUCGGUAGAGUGCGCUCAUCCAUUCGCCUUUAGUUGUGUUGACUGUAGUAUAAUCUAGCGAAAAGGCUUUAUAAACAACACUCUACGUACCCCAUAAAAGUCCUUAGUAAGUCCAUGAACCAGUCCAUGGGGAUGACGUCUCCAGAACCACCCACCGUCCGAAAUUGAGAUACGGACGAAACCUUCGCUGAGGAGACAAAGCGCAAGAUGGCCGAGCCGGACGAAAAGACGAAGAUCGCGGUGAAUGGCGAUGCGGACGGCGAGGGGCUCACGAGCGACGAGAACUGCAAGAUAGACGUCGAGAUCAUCGGAGAGGAGAGAGAGAAAUGGGGGCGCAAGGUCGAGUUCUUCCUGGCGUGUGUCGGCUACGCGGUAGGACUCGGGAACGUAUGGCGAUUUCCCUACUUGUGUUUCAAAAAUGGUGGCGGCGCUUUCCUCAUCCCGUACCUCUGCAUGCUGUUGAUCUGCGGCAUGCCUCUGUUCUUCAUGGAGCUCUCACUUGGCCAGUUCGUCAGCCUCGGACCUGUCACUUCGUGGGCUGCGAUUUGUCCCAUUUCCAAAGGCGUCGGUUUCGCCAUGUUAGUCGUCUCAUUCCUCUGCUGUGUCUACUACAACGUGAUCAUCGCCUGGUGUCUGUAUUACCUCUUCGAGUCUUUCGCCAAGGACGUCCCGUGGAAGACAUGUGACAACUGGUGGAAUACCGCUACGUGCCUACGCGGGCGCGCACCCAGCCCCACCUCGGCCAACUCCACCAACUCGACCAUGUGUAGUGCGAUCACCUCUGCUGCGACCUCCCUCGCUAAUGCGACCAGCAACUGCACGAGUAACCUGACAGAUACGGCCUUGAAGGAGUACUCGUCGCCGAGUAAGGAGUUCUACGAGAACUACGUGCUGCGUAUCACGCCUGAUAUCGAUACGUUCGGCGUGAUGAGAUGGCAGCUUGUGGUCUGCCUCAUACUAGCCUGGGUACUAGUUUACUUUUGCCUGUGGAAAGGAAUCAAGUCGUCGGGCAAAGUGGUAUACUUCACCGCCACCUUUCCCUACCUCGUGCUUGUCAUCUUGUUGAUAAGGGGUCUGACGCUGCCCGGUGCAAUGAAGGGCCUGUCCUUCUACCUCAAACCGAACUUCUCCAAGCUAGGGGAUGCCAUAGUCUGGGUUGACGCCGCGACACAGAUCUUCUACUCUCUCGGCAUCGGCUUCGGCUCGUUGAUUGCCAUGGGCAGUUACAACAAAUUCCACAAUAAUUGUUUCAGGGACGCGAUGACCGUGUCAGUAAUCAACUGCAGCACCAGUGUGUUCGCGGGACUCGUCAUCUUCAGUGUGCUUGGGUUCAUGGCGGAGGUACUCGGCAAAGAAGUCUCGGAGGUCGCCACUUCCGGUCCCGGCCUCGCUUUCGUGGUGUACCCAGAAGGCAUUGCGCAGAUGCCGAUUUCACCCUUCUGGUCUAUCUGCUUCUUCUUCAUGCUACUGACCCUGGGACUAGACACGCAGUUCGCCAUGUUCGAGGCGGUCACCACGGGGCUUGGUGACGAGUAUGUUCGUCUGCUUAGAAAUCGCAAGGAGCUUUUUACGGCGUUCCUCUGCUUUUGCUGCUUCCUACUGGGUCUACCAAUCGUGUCGCAGAGCGGUGCGUUUAUCAUGAACCUGUACGUGUGGCAAGCUGGCGGGGUUUCGCUCGUGUUCCUCGCUUUCUUCGAGGUGAUCGUGGUGGCCUGGGGUUACGGUGCCGAUCGCUUCGCCCUGGACAUCGAGACCAUGACAGGCAACAAGGUCUGGCCGUGGUGGCCAAUAGCCUGGAAGUACAUCACUCCUGCGGUCAUCACAGGAAUUUUUAUCUUCAGCUUAGUCCAGUGGCAAGGGGUGUCAUAUGACGACUAUCAGUACCCCCCUUGGGCGGAGUUUGUCGGGUGGGUCAUGGCCCUCUCUUCCAUGCUGUGGAUUCCAGGGGUAGCGAUCUACAAGAUGUCCAGGGCCAAGGGCACCUUCAUGGAGCGCUGGCGAUCACUGACACGCCCAGAUCAAGAGCAGAUGUCAAUCAUUGAGCUCAGGGAGGGCAUCCCCAAACGCCCGGAUGUAGUCAGCCUGUAAGAUAUAAGCCAAUGGCGUGCCAGCUACACGUCACGUGAUUAUAGUUCUAGUUAGCCAAUUAAAUGUUUUAGAUGAGAUUGAUGUUAGUUCACGACUACCAUUGCACAAUUUUCGUGUUACCAUAGCAACAGUCUCCAUUGUGCAGGAAAAGCUGCUGUGAUUGGCCUGUUGGUUUCUUGAUGUAUUCUCAAACACGAGGUUCCGCUAUAAAAGGCAUAGCUCCUCCCAACCCCCGGGCUCAACAACUAUCAGUUAUCAAUCAGCCGUCAAUGAGUCAACAUGUCAGGACAAUUGCUCUGAGCGCUAAAUUCAAAUUUCAUUUUUAAAAUACGAGCAUUUUCAUCACAGCGCGAGAAUGAUUUAUGCAGAUGCGUUAGAUUAUGGAUACCGCAAAAUUUAGACUUGGAAGGCAAAUCACUAAGUUAUCAAUCUCUUAACACAAGUGUCUUGUUACCUGUGCAAAAAUAGUUUAAUUCCAGCCGACUGAGGCUCAGAGAUAAGCAAUUUUACAGGAGACUUAUAAUUUGUGACUGCUAAAAGCCCGGGGGUGAGAGGAGCUUUCCCUUUUAUAGCGGAACCUCGUGUUUAAUAUGCUUAGUCGCUCACGCAAAAUUCCGUGGUCAAAGUUGAGCUUUGCUUUGCAACAAUAGAUAAGUAUAAGAAAGCAUACCAAUUCGUACGUUUUUGUCAUAUUUGUGUAUACAGAAAUUAUAAAGGGUCUUUGCGAAGAAAGGUAUUUCCUUUUUAUGUGUAUAAAGAAAACGAUGGCCAAAAAAUCUAUAUCUGUAGAGUUUAUUCCAUAGUUUUAAUUCAACACAUUUAUUAUCACGAUGUGUAUUUACGUUAUCUAAUAUGAACGAUAAAUUCACAUUGGCUUCUAACGAGAAGACCAGAUCUGAGAGGCUUGUGAAGGAAUCGAAAACCUUAUGGAAUUGCUUUUAAUUGCGUUUGUACACGCUACUAACUAGGGUCUAUUAAGGUAGUUUUUUUUUUCUCGUAGGCUCUCUUGUUUACAUUGCGACGCGCGCUACCGUGACCACUUAGCCCUAGGUAAUGUUAUGUGCCAACAAGGAUGCAAGAAGGUGCUGAUUGACAUCAACGUAACAUGCAAACCGGCGUUACCAGGAAAUGGUUCAGUGUACAUCAGAACACAAAAGGCUACGACUGCGUGCGUCACAAUGUAAACACGCCACGCAAGUGCGAGAUGGCGCGCGUGGAUCGAGAUCGCGUUUAAGGUAGAUUCACACGCACCGAUCUGUCGGUUAGAACUUUUACCAACCGCUGCGAUUUAUCGAGCCAUUGUUUCGGUGUGUGAAAAGAGGAUAUAGGGCCCGACAUCAAUAGCACCUUCUCAGAAUCCGUCGACAAAUUGAUGCGUGCGAACCAGCCUUAAAUUGAGCGCAAAUAUCGGUUCAAUUUGGAUAAUCGAAUCACACGAUUCUCGACGUUCGUCACGCCAUUAUUGUAGCAUCCCUCUUAUUACCAGGAAGCAUCUUUUGCGGACGAGAGUGGGUUGCGCCUGCGCAUGUAAACCCGUCACCAGGCCACCUCGUUUUGUUAGGUUCCUCUCUCAGCCUUUUGUUAGAUUUGUGUCGAUUUGUACCCAGGAUUAGCUAGUAUUAUUUUCAAGUGUACCAUAUUCCCUAUUUGUUGUAUCAUAAGUAAUUAUAAUGAUAUUGUAAAGAUUUAUCUCACUUUUUGUUAUUAAGCAUGAGGAAGUCGAAAAUGGAAUUUUUGGUAUUUUAUAUAAUCAAUGCGGUGAUAUAUUAUACAUAUUAUAUGCUAGCUGACUUAAAGAUUAAAACGCUUCUCUAUUUAGGGGAAUUUCUUUUAAAUAUAGGUUAUUUUCCAUGAUAGUGACUAAGAGGUUGGAAGUUGUAAAGAUUCAGUGUUUGCGAAUAAAAGACCAUAUAUGGUA